AUGACAAACAAUGCAGCCACCAAGAACUAUCUUUCCACUAAGGCGCUGUGUUCCUCGGUUCCAGUGAUCUGUCUGUGGUUCACGCUACCAGCAGAUGCUGCUUCUCUUUGCUACAGCUUCACUGUUAACAAGUCAGAGUAUGGACCAUGGUCCCACAAAGUCCAAGGACAACUGGAUGAAAAGACUUUUAUUACCUGUGGCAGUAACAACUGCCAUGCUAUCGGUGGUCUGGGGGAAACACUAAAAGCCAUACAGUCCUGGGAAACCCAGGUCGACACUCUGAAAGAUGUAAUUGACCAGAUCAUUGAUCAAGCACUUCUCAUGAAUCAAAAGAUUGAUACAACCAGAGACGGAAAUACCAAUGCAUCCUGUGACUUAAACCUCAAUGAACACAAAGUGCUGCAUCUUCACUCAAGCACUGGAGAGUGGACUGAAGUUGAUCCUGGAUCCAUGCAGAUAGAAGAGAUGUGGGAGGAAAACAAGGAUUUAACAGACUUCUUAUCCAGGACCUCACAGGGGGACUGUAAGGCCUGGCUUAAGGAGAUGAUCAAGUUACUCUUGGAAGAAAAGCUGGAGUCUACAGGUCUGAUCAAAGACACAGCUGGUAUUUUCACUUCGGCCUCACCAACCAUUGCCCCAGAUGUGGACCGGUCUUCAUCCAUGACCAUGAAGCCCAGUGUCUUUGUCUUGCUGUUCACCUUACCCCUCCUGGUUCUCUUAAAUUAUCUGCAAUGA